UCACGCUGCGUUUGCUCCAUAUCCCAUUCUACUCUAACCCUUACUGCCAUCAUCACAUCACAAGCGCAUAACCAAAAGAAAGAAAGAAAAAUCUUCAAUAGUGGAGAGAGAGAGAGAGAGAGAGAGAGAGCGCUUCUCCUCCUCUCUUCUCUUCUCUUCUCCCCCUUCGCUUCUCUUUCCCCCCACUCAAUCAAACCCUAACCCUACUGCGUACGCCGCGCCAUCGACGACGACGCGCUCGCGCGAUGAGCGUUGAGCGAGAUGGGCGCGACCAGCCCAACAUCGACUCGUUCUCGCAGCUGCCGUUCAUCCGCCAGGCGGCCCGCGAGAAGCCGCCGUCGUCGUCGUCCGGCGGCUCCGUCGUCGUCCCUCCUGCGCCCAUCCGGCUGUUCGGCUUCGACGUGCCGCCGGACGCGUCCACCACCGCCGAUGUGCUAGGAGAGAACAAGGAGAGCGCCGCCGCCGUCGUCGCCGCUGAGGGGAGUAAACAAACGGCGUCCGGUCUGGACGCAAUCGGCGGCGGCGGCGGGAGCCGGAAGUUCGAGUGCCACUACUGCUGCCGGAACUUCCCGACGUCGCAGGCGCUGGGCGGGCACCAGAACGCGCACAAGCGGGAGCGGCAGCGCGCGAAGCACGCGCAGUUCCAGACGGCCAUGGCCAUGCACCACGGCCACGGUCAGUACUACCCGCUCCCGGACCCCUACGCGGCGGCGUUCGCGGCGUACCCCGGCCACCACCACCACCACCGCUUCGCCGCCACCGCCGCCGCCGCCAUGCCUCCGCCGCCGCACUACCCGUCGUGGGCUGCAGGCUCCAGGUACUACAGCGGUCCAGGAUCCAUCUCGCAGCCGAUCAACGGGAGCCCGGUGGCGCCGGCCGGGAUGUGGCGGCUCCCUGCCGCCGCCAGCUGCGUCGGCUUGGCGACGACGACGACUACGGCGGCGCCGCUGCCCGCGCGGCGCCAAGAGCGGCCGGCGGCGACAAUUCCUUCGCUGCUCGGAGGCGGCGAGGAGCCCGUGGUGCUGGGAGGAGCUGGCUCCACCUCGUUCUCGCCGUCGACGUCCUCCUCCUCGUCGUCGGCGUCGCCGCACGAGCGGCGCGCGCAGCCAGCGCGUAAAGAGAAUGUGAGUUUGGAUCUGAGCUUGUAGCAGCGGAGGAAUGAUGGCCGGUGUCAGCCUCAUAAUUGUUUCUUAAUUACAAAACAAAAUCAAGUGCCUUUUCAUUUCACGUUUGGAUUUAUUUUCAGCUCGUUGAGCUAAUACCAAUGGUACUAGAGAUCAGCUACUAAUUAAGAUAGUAGUAUCAUCUCUUUCUCUGCCCUUCCAUUUGACUGCAACUCCUAAAUUUGUUCGAAUUCUUCAAAUUUUGCUCGAACAAUUAUGUUAAUUUGUUUCUGGAA